AAACAAGUCCUAUCAACGUGAAAGCUCUCAACAAAUCAACGUUUAAAACACUUAACUCAAUCACUGGCAUACACACACAUACACACACACAUGGGCACACACAUCGGAGUAAGUGCAGAGAUAACAAGUAUAUUACUCAAUUUUGUGAGACAGAGAAUAUCAAAAUAGUUCUCGUCGGAGGUAAAAAACCACACCAUAAGAUGACCAAAAAUUGGUGUGCACGCCAGGCUUAUUCGCCCUGCAAGUUCUGGGUACUCUGUAUAAGUUUUCUGAUACCUUUUACAUUCCAAAAUGGUAUUUUCGUAGGAACAGUUCCGCUCGACUACGACUGCAGCCAGGUGGAAUGUCCUAUCGAUAGUAGCAACAGCUGUCCACCUGAUAGCGUAGAACGGCAGCAAUCACCCUUCAUGGAAGUACUGUACGGCCCGGAAGAUCUUAUGCCAGAGCAUGAGCUCUACGAUGAUGUGGACGAAGAGGGUGAUGUAGUGGAUCACCAUUUCGAUGAAUUACCCAUGGAACUGGCCGCUACUUACGCACAGCCACAAACAAUAAACUCCACUUCAAGUCAGCUGCCCGAGCAAAGCAACACCUUAAAAGACACAGAAACUGGAAAAGACAAUGAACUUAUACUCGUGAAACGUGAGCUGAAGUUUGAAAAUGCAGAAGAUGCCGACGUGCAAGAGCGCAUGCUGCAAGAGUGUUGUCCCACAAUGAUGGAAUUAAAUCGCCGACGAAGACGUCGUAGACGCCGUCAAUCAAGUAAAGUCGAUGAUUGUGAGUGCAAACCUUGCGACGCGUUGCCGCAAUGUGCGACUGGGGAGGUGGUGAUAAGAGUGCACGAAGCGACCGGCAUACCCGGCGACUGCUGUCCGUCGUACGCUUGUGCGCCGAAACGCGUAUGCGGUGAUGUAGAUUUUCAACCCUAUUGGCGCGACGCCUGCACACGUUGCACUUGUCAUGGAAUCAGUGAACUCGAGCUAUGUCACAAUGAGUGCCGCACAAAUGAAAUGGAGGAACAGGAGACACAACGCGUUUGUUACACAGCCACUUUGAAUGAGCCCAUGGCGCACGGUAGUGAUUGGUAUGAGAAUGAAUGGUGCACGAAAUGUCACUGUGAGCAUGGUGAGCGGGAAUGUGUGAGCAGCUUUUGUUUGCCAGCCACUUGCAGCGAUCCCGUAAAAGUACAUGGCCAGUGUUGUCCACAGUGCCCGGAGGGUGAGGAGAAUAUUCUGAUUGCACAUGAGAAUAGCACGACACACUCCAGUGUAGAGACCACAACUGAGCGUGAGCUGCAUAAUGAGCAAACAACAACAACUGCCUCUAAAGAAAGUUCUUCAACCGUUGUGAGCUCCACAAGCAAUACAACGAAUACUGAUGUGGCGGCUUCAGUGAAUGUCACUGUAUUUACAACGGAAACAACAACAUACACGUCCUCAAACUCAACAUCUACACCAGAAAGCCCAACAACCGCCAGUACUUUGCUUAGCCAUUCAACGAGCUUGCAAACGCAGCGCACAGACCUUACGCCAACCUCAACCACAGUGUCGGAAAUAUCAACGAGCACCACUGAAGUUACGUCGACCACCAAAAGCAUCGACGAAAUCGCCGCCGACAACUAUUUCGGCCCGCAGAGCAGUAUGUCAACGGCGGAUGAUAACAGCUCAACUCAGGAUACACUUAUCGACAAUACAACACAGUCUUCGAUUGAAGCCCCUUUUUCAUCAACGCUGUCUACAAGCCAGGCAUCCACUUCGGCAACCGAAACUAGUACCACAACGAUUAUCGUAAGCUCAACAACUGAGAACUUUACUGCUGAAUCAACAACGAUUACAACAGAGAUGAGCAGCACAGAGUCCAGCUCGACUUCGAACUCUUCACCACCAGUUCAUAGCACCACGACAUCAACCGAAUUAACAGAAGAAGAAAGCUCUCGUAGUGCAGGGACUCUAGUGUCCGCUAGCAGCACCCCCGAAGCUACUACAUCCACCACAACCAAACCGACAGAAACAAUUACAUCCUCAACUAUUUCCUCAACACCCAGCUCAACUGAACUCACCAACACGAUCUCACCGGAUACCACCACAAGCAGCUCUACCACUGCAACAAGCUCCACCAAUGAUGUAGACACAAGUUCCACACCCACUCGUAGCUCCACAACAAGUUCACCUCCUACCAGCACAACGCACGCACCAACGUCUACUUACACUUUCACCACCAACUCACCACACUCCAGCACUGCUGCUUCGCCAUCGAUUACAACCGUUGUCUACUUGUAUACAUUCUCUACAUCAGCACCCUCACCACCCGUACCAGAGCCCACUGUCUAUCAACCUAGCGUGCGCAAGUUUCUCACACGUCCUGAGGUGCGUUACAUUGGCGCAAGCGUUUUAAUCGCUCUCAUAGUCAUUUGUGCGCUCGUAGUGUGGAAAUUCUGUAUGCCUACACGUAGUGAGAGAAUAAAAAAUCACUAUAGAACGGUGCCGUGCUCAGAGGCGACCAGUUUGAGUCACAGUUCGGCUGCCACGUCGCACUCGUCCAUGGCAUAGGCGGCAAUAGAGAGCCCAGCGAUGACUUUAUUUGUUGUGUAGAGAAGUAAAGAGUUAAGUGAGAUUAAGUAGAAAGAGGUUCCUAGGCAACGCUGUAGGUCGAGUGCGAGUUUUAAAUAAAAAAAAUACUAGCGAUUGAGAGCUUACUUUAAUGGACUUUAUGGUGUAAGGGAUGUGUUAUCUUCAUAAUUUUUGUUGGUGAAGAGAGAAAUUAUUAAAGAAAAUGAAGUACUAUAUAUAUAAAAAAAAUAGGGGACUCAAGAUUUCAUUUUUAAACUGAGCAGGCUUAGCUCUUUCCAUUUUACGUUACUCAAAUUGUUACCCGAAAAUACAAGGUCGAAAGAAAAUAAGUUGAAUAACCUUCAAUUCCUCAUCACUGAAAAAUUAGUAGGGAAGCCUCAGCUGACUUCAUGCUCUUGAGUUCAUGUUGGUCUCUCUUCAGCUACCAUCUUUAUAUUGAGCUCUCCACAGGUCUAUAGCUCUCACUGCAGGAUAACAGAGAUUUCAAUGCUGGAGACUGUAGUGAAAUCUCUCUAUUGCUUGGCCAUUUCGUAGUGAUUAUAACUGUAAUUCAUUGUGCCUUAAUAAUUUCUCAAGAGUAAACUCAUUUUAAUCUCAAAAGUGUGGUAAAUGUCGCUUCGUAUGGAAUUACUACUCAUUAAAGGGGAGAGAGAGAGAGAGAGCGUCGCACAAAAUUAUCGGGAAAUCAAAUUAUUUGAACUGAGUGGUAUACGUGGUGAGAAUUACAACACACUGUGUUGCCACUUUAUAUGAAUUACAAAAGAAGUACACAACUUUUUAAAACUUAUGAAAAUGCCUUUACAAACACAGGCUCAAAAAAAAUUUUAAUUUGAUAAUGAAAUAAAA